AUCAUUACGCGCCCAGUUCGCUGCUUUGCCUCUUUUCAAUGAAACUGUGGUCAAAUAACUAAAUAUUUGGACAUCGGAAAGAUGCCUUUGCCUCCUGCUUUACUUGCACGACUCGCUAAAAGAGGGAUCGUGAAACAGUCCGACCACGAAGCAGAGGAGGAGAUUAUUGCUGAAGACUAUGAUGAUAACAACGUGGAUUAUGAAGCUACACGGAUUGAAAGUUUACCAUCGAAUUGGUACAAAGUUUUUGAUUCAGCCUGUGGGCUUCCUUACUACUGGAAUGUAGAGACAGAUUUGGUGUCCUGGUUGUCCCCUAAUGACCCUGCAGCUGUCAUCACCAAAGCUGCCAAGAAACCGAAAGGAGAGACUGGACAUGAGAAAGGAGACGGUCACUAUGAGAAGACAGAGAGAGACCGGGAUCGGGACCGAGAGAGGGACCGAGAUCGAGAGCGGGAUAGGGAGCGGGAUCGAGACAGAGACAGGGAUGAUGGACGGGACAGGGAUAGAGAUAGAGAUCGAGACAGAGAUCGAGAGCGGGACAGAGACAGAGAUCGUGACAGACGGAUGAGGAGAGAGGACAGCGCACCAUACAGCAAAUCAAAGAGAGGAGGAUCAGGAGGAGGAGGAAGUCGGAAACAGCAGCAGGAGGAAAUGGAUCCCAUGGAUCCCAGCGCCUAUUCGGAUGCUCCAAGGGGCUCAUGGUCCACUGGUCUCCCCAAACGCAAUGAGGCAAAGACCGGAGCCGACACCACAGCAGCGGGACCCCUGUUCCAGCAGAGGCCGUACCCCAGUCCUGGAGCUGUGCUGAGGGCAAACGCAGAGAACACAAGGCGACUAGAGGAAGAGGAUGAUGACGAUGACGACUGAGCAGGAAUAGUGUCUGUAAAGCUUUUAUGAGUUUGAGUAAAUGUCUUUGCUUACAUUUUGGGACAUACAGUAGUUUCAUUUGUAAAUACGCCACGUGUUGUAUGUCAUACCUUUUUUAAACAUUCGCCAUUUUACUUGAGAUAGUGAGGUUGUUUCCUGCUAAAUAAACAUUCUGUUUAAAAGUGCA